AUGACUAUUUCAGAAUCGGAGUCUAUAAAGAACAUUUCAGUCCCAGAGCAUAAAGCUUAUUGUUUUAAUUCAUGGCCUCUAGAGUACCGUCGAGUCAAACUUUACGAAGUAAAUCCUGAAAAUGGUAACUGGAUUGAUUGUGGAACUGGCUUUUUAAAAUUAAAUAAGGGUAAUGAUAAGUUUAAUCUUGUGGUUUUGAGUGAUGAAGAUCCAAAUUUUGGGAAAGAAAUCCACUCACAAAGAAAGAACACUGGCGAUUUACUUGAAAUUGAUAACAUAGUUAAGUUAGUAAACACCCCCAUUGAUUUAAAUCGCGAAUAUUGCCACCAGAAGGAGAGUAUUAUUACUUGGCAGGAUGGGCUAAAUUCAGAUCUAUACAGAGCAUUAAGUUUCCAACAUUCAGAAAGUUGUAAUUCAAUUUGGAGCAUAAUCACUUCUUUAGUUCCUCAUUUGUGCGUUGACCUUCUAGAAGGAGAAUUGCCCGAAGAAAGUACUAACUACAUGGUAUUGGAUAGGCCAACCUCAAAUAACAUAGAUCAAAUAAUAGAUGAUCUUGAGUUGGACUCCAAUAUCCUUAACUCCGAAAAUAUUGUCAUGGAUGUUUUAAGUAGAGAAUUUUUGGAUUCACUCUUUAACUUAAUGGAGGAGUUUGAACAAAACUCUGAUAUAAUUGGAUUACAUAAAAUAUUUCAAGUUAUUCGUAGAAUAAUAGUUCUUUAUAGCAGUUUCAAUGAAGUAUUUGAGACUUUGCUGAGUGAUGAAUAUUAUUUAAAAUUUUUUAAAGCAUGCGAAUAUGAUGAAUCAUUGGAAAAUUAUAAAAUAAAAUUUUCUCACAAGAAAUUUUUAGAAAAUGUUAAAUUUCAUAGUGUUGUUCCUUUACCAGAAGUUCGAACUAUUCAUCUUAAUUAUAGAUUAAUGUAUUUGAGAGAUGUCGUUAUGCCUAGGCAUCUUGAUGAGCAAAGUCUUCAAAAAAUAGCAACGAUAAUAAAUAAUAAUUUCUCAUCAAUAAUUAGUAUGAUAAUAACCACUAGUGAUAUUUGGAAAUAUCUUAAAGAAAAUAUACAGAAAAAUUUUCUUGUUGCGAAAUUUAUUCAUGCGGUUUUGACAGUUUUGAAACAAAACCCAUUGCUUUCUGUUUAUGAAAGACAUCAAGUAUUUAUCCAUCUUAAAGCUAACAAUAUUUUAAGUGAAUUUUAUGGCUAUUUGAACGAGAAUUGUAUUGGAGCUAAACAAAUGUUGGAAUUAUCUUCUUCAAAUGAUGUUUGUAAAAACAUUUCAAGUAAUGCUGAUUUAUCGCUUUUAUAUUACUCUAAUAUAAUGCCAAUUGACUUAGCAGUUGAGGUUUACUCAAUGGUUUGUGAAAUAAAUCCAGGUCUACUGAGACACGCUAUUCACGAAUCCACUUCACAAUAUUUUAAAGUUCAUAAAGAAACUAAUCUACAUAGCUCAGAAAUCGGUGAAAAUUUAUACAUUGACAGUGGGAUCCAACGAAAUCCAGAAGAAAGCCUUGAAGAAGUAGUAAAUUUAUCUAACGGAUCUAAUAAUUUCCACUCAUUAUGGGCGACUCUAUGCGAAAUUUUUAUUAAUUCAAGGAGUGAAAGUGUACAAGUGCAAAUUUGCACAAUUUUUAAACGAAUAUUGGACCCGAAAACUAUGGAUGUUCCAGAAAGAGAUGACUCGCUUUCUUUAUUUUAUGACAUGGGCAUACUAGACAAAUUAAUAGAUAAUUUACUCAAUGAAUCUCGAAUUUUUACCGAAUUUAACCCACUAUAUUCCGCGAGGGUAUUAUUUUGCGAUAUUCUUGCAACUUGUGUACAAGAACACAAUUACAGAAUUAAAUACAAAAUACUUCAAAACCAAUUACCACAAAAAUUGUUACGUAUUGCCACUCGCCCAUUCCACAAAAUUUUUUCUAUUUCAGUUGUUAAAUUUUUAAGGACUUGCCUUGGAACUCGAGAUGACUUUUAUUAUCGUUUGUUCACCAAAUAUGAUAUUUUUAAAUACAUUUUUUUAAUUAUGGGGCAAUUAAAAGUACCUAGAAAUAGAGGAGAAGGAUCGAUUUUGGAAAGUGUGAUAAUUGAAAUGCUUGAUUUUAUAUGUAGAAACAAUAUUCAGUUAAUUAUGAAAUAUUUACUGGAAAACUAUAUUAUUGUAAUUCGGAAUUUAAAUUUUAAGGCAUCAAAAGGUUCUAAAUGUAGAGUUUUUUCUAGAAUACUUGAAUCAUUUAGUGCAAUGUCGAAGGCUGCUUCAUCUGUAAAUAGCUGCGAAGAAAUGAGUUUGAAUAUUUUAUCAUCAGCUAAUACAGACUUAAAUAUGACCGCAGAACAAAAUGAAAAAUCGUCCCAUUUAAUUUAUGAAAAAAGAAAAGCUCAAAAACAAAAAUUUCAAUGUUUGGAUAGAUUAUCUAGUAGUGUUGGCAGUUUCAACAGUAAUAUUAUGAAAGAAACGGAAGAUCUUAAACCCAAAACUGUCGAUCAAAUUGAUGUAAUACCUAAAAAGGAGGUAUCUGAAAUAUUUGAGAAUGACUUUGAUAGUUUUCACAAAUACAAUAACGAACAAGAAAAAAGACUUAUUCGUAGAAAAAAAAUUGAAAUACAACUAAAACUUAGUUUAUAA